AUGCUAGACACAGCUAGCAAUGGGAACUUCCUCAACCAGGAUGUAGAUGAUGGCUGGCAACUUGUGGAGAACAUAGCUAACUCAAAUGGAAGCUAUGGAGAAGAGUAUGAUCGCACCAACCGGAGCUCGACCCACCACUCGAUCGAGUCAGACGAAAAGUUGAGAAAAGAUGUUAAGGCAUUGAAUGAGAAGUUGGAUAAGCUGAUCCUAGCUCAGUCCACAAUGAAGAAAGUCAACUUUGUGUCUGCUGAGGAGAUGGAACCAGUCCAAGAAGGGGAGGAUACACAAUUUGCUGAGGUGUGCUACAUGAGCAAUGGGCAAGGAGGUUACAACAAAGGAUACUAUAACUACAAGUCCAACCCUGCCAUGUCAUACCGCAACACUGAUGUUGCUAACCCUCAGGACCAAGUAUAUCCUCAACAACAAGCAGCUCGAUCGAGUCAAGGCUUCCCCACCAAACCCCAGCCUGCACCUUCACAAGAGAAUGAGCUCAAGGCAAUGCUAAAGCAACUACUUCAAGGGCAAGCUGAUGGGGUAGUGGACACAAGCAAGAAGCUAGCUGAAAUAAACUCUAAGAUCGAGAACCUCAACACAAGGGUUUACUCUCUGGAGAAUCAUGCUUCUUCUGUUGCUGCUGCUACAAAGCAAGGACAACUACCUGGUAAAGCUAUUCAGAACCCCAAGGAACAGUGCAAGGUCAUCUUCACUCAAGAAGGACUUGUUGAAGAAGAGGAUCAAGAAAGGGUCAUUGAAGAUUUUUGUUUACUGCUGAAUGAUGAAGAGAUUGUUGCUGCUGAGGCUCCUGGAGUCCAGAUUGAUCAACCAGAAGUGCAUGCACCUACUGUGGCCAUUCACACUUCACCAGUUGAGCUCGCACAACAAGCUCGAUCGGCAGCUCGAUCGAGUCCAACUCUAGCUCGAUCGAGUCCGACCUCUUCUGUCCGAAAGCCUGUUUUGCUUGAUCCUUACCAACCGGUUGCCGCUUCCUCGUCUCGCCUACUUAGUCAAGGUCACAAGGAAGUGAUUCACAAGUUCAGAAGAGAUCUCAGUGGGAUUGGAAUUGAGUUGCCUCCUAUGGAUAGCAUGAGUGAGGCAUUUGAUCAAAUGCAAAUGGUCAAGGAUGUUCUAGCCAACAGUGAUAAAGUUUCAGAGGUCCUACAAGAGUCUACUCAUCAGUUCAACCUGCUUACUUCACCCACCUUCCUACCAAAGGUCAAGGAUCAAGGGAAAUUCACUCUCCCUUGCACACUUGGGCAUCUUGAGAUUGACAAUGCCUUAGUGGAUUCUGGAGCAAGCAUCAAUCUGAUCUCUCUCUCCAUGGCAGAGAAGCUAGGCAUUGCUGGAGCCUUGCAGCGCCCUACUACUUCAAUCAUGUUUGGAGAUGCAACUUCUAAGUCUCCUCUUGGAGUGUUCAAGAACUAUCACUUGAAAAUUGGAGAAUGCAUCAUCCAAACUGAUCUCACUGUGAUGGAAAUGGAAGAAGAGAAGGAUUUGCCUCUGUUAUUGGGAACCCCUUUCCUUAGUACAGUUGGCGCUUCAAUAGACUUUCACAAGCAAGAAGUGAUCCUUCACAAGGUGAAUAGUUUGGUGUCAUAUCGCUUGCAGCCUAGAGGUUCAGACUUUUGUGCCACAAUUGACAGUACCAAUCUCAGUUCUAAGAGUCAUGGAGCUACAAAGGUUGUGAAGGAAAGGGUUGACAAGGAACCAAGAGUUGGGAAGGAUAAGGAUGAGAGAGGACCAAGGAUUGAGAAGCCACGUCUUGAGAGGGCUAGAGUUGAGAAACCACGAUCUGAUAGGCCAAGAGCUGAGCGACUUGUUCAAGCCCCUUGUGUGCUUGAUGAAGAGAGCCUUCAAGCUUUGUUUGAUGAGCCACUAGGAAGGGCUCUAAAAGAAGGGGAGGAUGUAGCCUCUAAGGCAAGACCAGGGAUAAAAGAAAGGAUCCACCAGCUCAGGCCCCUUCAUCAAGCCAUCUCAGCUCACAAUGACUUUGUUCCCCACCAAGUUUGA